UUUCCUCUUCGUUCCUGGUGCAGCUCGGGCGUUGUCGUAAAGCCGUACUCUCUGUUGCCGAACGCGCCAACUCUGGAGUCUCCAGGAUCGGACCAGGGAGCUAAGAAGAGGAUAUCGGCCGAGGGUCUUGGCUCUAUUACGCGUCGACCCCGUCCAGUACACGGCCCACCCAUGCUCUGCCGCUCUCGGGUCGAGAAGGCGAAGGGAAGCGGAUUGGUAGCUUCUAGUGCAUGUUGGGACCUCUCUUCCACAGUCCGGCGGUGGUGUCACGGUGUCUGCCAGGACGCGAUCAAGCCUCCGCAAGAACCACAACUUCUCCGGGGUGAGAUGCAUGUGCAACCCUGAUACCUACAUUGUAUCCGCCGCCGCCGAUCAUGCCGAUGGCUGAUCACUGACCUUCCGGAAGAGUUUGCUAGGCCCGUCUGGCGACUACGUGCUUCCCGGCACGCGGUCGGCGUAGGGAGAGAUGUCGGCCGAGCUAUCCGGGGCCGACCGCCUUGGCGGGGAAAAAAUAAAUGUGCCAUGGAAACCAAAGGGAGGAACACCCAAAAGGCAGUUUUGACUUUGACCGCUCAGGAACUCUUGCCAGUGUGAUCAAAGCAAAGCUCGGGGUUUGUAGGUAUGACAACGGUAACAUGGACGCCCGGUGAUGUGUGGUAGCGCCGAGUCAUCAGCCAAGGCGACGGCGACGUCCGCAGCAGUCGCCGCGCGUACGGGGCAUCGGAGACGACGACGACGACGCCUGUGGCCCCCUCCCCGACCAGAGAACAGCCUGGCUGGCCCUGCGCAAGAGUGCAUGUAUUUAUUUGACUUAUCUCGACAUGGUUCGAUCCCGGCGGUGGUUCGCGGCCGCGACGAAUGAAGCGCCACGGUGACGACGACGUUGAUGAUGCAGGAUAUGGCAGGAUGAACGGGGAGGGUGAUGGCGUGGACGGACAUGGGUGUUGGUCAUAUAUGUUUAUUGCAUGACGGGAACAAUGGCUUUGUGUCAGGACAAUAAUGGUCUUAGCAGCAGGCUGGAGGUUGAUUGCGAUGGUCCCCCAUCUCUGUUGGGGGCAUGGAGUGCCUGGAGUGCCUAGCCAAGGCGGGCUAGCGAUGGCGGCGUGGCGUUCCCGAGUCCCGGGGCUCGCACAGUGCGGCGAGGGCAGGCGGCCAAGCCGUCAGGUGCCUGAACAGGAAGGAGAUCUGGGGUUGGGGAUCAAUCUGGGGGUCAUGCAGCCUGUCGGGGAUUGCGAGCCAUUCACCCAUUUCAUUUCAGGUGGGAAGAUUGGGACCGGCAACGGCUCGCCUCCGCUCUGGUGCAUCCGCGAAAUUUCUUUUUGUGUUCCUUUCUUUAGUGGAGGCGUGUUCAAUUGCUCUGCUGGAAGGAUGCGGGCUAAGGUCAAGGCUAGGCUGCUCCUAAAUUCGUCAGCAACCAGCACUGAUGGGGGCUCUGUCUGGCACAGUGAAUAUUCAAAUUCAAUAAAUCCACGCAAGCAUCAUGGCAUGGAAAAGACAGCGUCAACGUCCCCGCGGUUCUUGCGUGAUGGUUCAGGAGGAACCCAGACAGAUGUCGCCAUGUCAAGCACAGGCUCCCUCACAUAGCAAUGGUGUUUCGCAAGCACCGUUCUCGGCCAGGAUCCCACACCAACCGCCACCUUUCGUCCGAGCACUGUGUGUCGGGCCCCGGCUGGCGGCAUCGUACCAGCAACGAAGGCCUAGUUGGAGGUAUGACCAAAGUUGACAGGCAACCUGGCCCGUCAGCCUUUGAAAGUCAGUUAGCUUUGAAAUAUUGAUCGGUCCAGCCCAGCUGUCUGACACGCGCGCGCGCACGCACUGCUCCAAUAAAGGGAACGCAAAAGGGAAUGGAGCGCAUGCAAUUGGCUCAUCAGACAGGGUAGAGAAAAAAAAAUUAAAAAAGCAGGACAGGCGGGGGAGGAGUCUGAUAUCUGGUACCCCAGCCCAGCCCAGACGCGGGCGGCAGGAAACGGGCAGCAGCUUCAUCGAGCGCGUACGGCAGCUGUGCGCAUCAUCAUUCCCCAGACGGGCCCUCCUGACAGCUGCCAGCCGCUAGCACCAACCCCCCAUGCGUCAAUGCGCUGCUCGGCCUGAUCCGCGCGGAACACGCGACCAGCUGCCGCCGCCAUGGCCAUGACGCCGCCUACCACGGACGGCUCCAGCACCGCCGCCAGCAGCAGGCCCGCCUUCGCCCCCGAGAGGAAGGAUGCUGUCGCCGCCUCCCUGUCCGGCACCGGCACCUGCAGCGGCGCCGGCUCACCCGGCGUCAUGGUCUUUGACGGCUUCCAGCAGCGCAGCGUCAAGCGCCCGCGCCCCGUCAAGUCGUGCCUACUCUGCCGCUCCAAGAAGCUACGCUGCGACCGCCUGAACCCGUGCUCCCAGUGCCAGAAGAGCCACCGCGUCUGCCGCUACGCCAACGACCAGGGGCCCGGCAACGCCUCCGACUCGGGCUCCGAUGGCGAGACGGCAUCUCCCUCGGCCGGCGCCGCCGACCGCGGCGCCCCCGCGCACAAGCGCGUUGCACUUGCCGGCGGCCUCAACGCCCGCUCUCCAGCCGGAGCCCACAUCCCGCCGUUACCCACUCCACCUCAGCCGCCCAUCGACGCCGCCGUCGAUGUUUACUAUAGGUCGGGGUUUGACGACAUCGCCGCUCGGCUGGACCGGCUCGAAAGGCUCAUUAUAGCGUCUAGGACGGGCGAGGACGUGUCAUCGGCUCCGGUGCAGGGGCCGCCGCCACCUCCUCUACUCUCGGGCGCCGCCACGGGCAGUUAUGGCACCGGUACUACUGCCUCUGGGCUGACUCCAGCACCACCAGCCGGCCAAGAGUGGACCGCCAGCCCCGGUGCAUCUCCGUCGUAUAGCUAUGACUCUGCGCCGCCGCCCGUCGGGGGAGGCGCACCGGGCAGCAGGAUAGCUGCCCUCACUUCUAUCGCAACUCGCUCCUUGACAUCGCCCGUGACGGUGCGCGGUCUCACCAUCAAGGGCGCCCGAAGCCUGAGAACGCGCUUCUUUGGGCAGAACAGCACGCGGGUGCUGCUCAACCUUUUCGACGAGGCCAAGGACUUCAUGUACAACAAGGCCAAGCGCGAAAGCGCCAACGAGCUUUUUGUACAUCUGCAAAAGAUCUACACGGUGCUCCAGGAGGACCGGCACCGCGUGCUCGCGCCAAUCACCGUCUUUGUCGACAGCGUGCUGCCCGUGCUCAAGCGCAUGGCGGACAUCCUGCCCACGCAGAAGUCGGUGUGUGACCGGCUGCUCGAGGCCUACAUCGGCACCUCGGAGGGCCUGUACCGCGUCGUGCACGUGCCCACGCUUCGGGCCGAGUACCGGGCCUACUGGGACGGCCAACGCUGCUCCGACGGCUUCCUGCCGCAGUUGCUGUGCAUGCUGUCGAUCGGCUCCCGCUUCCAGACGGAAUCGCGCGGCCUGGGCCACGACCGGUCCGAGGGCGUACACGUGCCGACGGCCUGCGCACUCGUGCGCGCGUGGCUAGACAGCCUGCGCGGCAAGCAGCUCGUCGACGUGGGCACGCUGCUGGCCGAGGUGCUGCUGCUCCACGCCCAGCGCAUGAUAGCGCCCCGGUACCAGGACUCGUGGACGCAGCUCGGCGUCAUCGUGCGCAUGGCCAUGACCAUGGGCCUGCAUCGCGACCCGUCCGAGUUCCCGCAGAUCAGCCCCUUCGCGGCCGAGUGCCGGCGCAAGCUGUGGUACACCAUCAUGGACAUGGACCUGCACCUCUCGCUGGGCUGCAACCUCCCUUGCGCCGUUCGCGACGGCGAGUACACGUGCCAGCCGCCCCUGAACCUGGACGACGAGGACCUGCGGCCCGACAGCGGGUCCCUGCCGCCGUCCAAGCCCAUCGAGGUGCGCACCGACGGCCAGCUGCAGGCCUGGGCCGCCAGCACGCUGCCGAUCCGCAUGCGCGCGGCCGCGCUGGUCAGCCGGCUCGACUCGAUCCGCGACUACGGCGAGGUGCUCGAGGUGGGCUCGCGCCUCGAGCGCCUGCUCGAGGAGGUCAACCUCCUCUUCCCGCGCGGCCAGGGGCUGGACCCGAGGUGGAGGUUCAAGGAGUGGCGCAUGCGCGCGCUGCUCGACAUGCACAUCCGCCGGCCUCUCCUCGCCCUGUACCGGCCCUUUGCCCUCAGCACCCCGGAUUGCCCGUCGCAGAUCGCGUCGACCUACUUCCGCUCCUCCAUGGUGCUGCUCACCUACAUGGACGAGCUCGACGCGCGGACGCCCGGCUUCGUCGAUGUCAACCAUAUGUACCACGUAAUUCUAAAGCACGACAUCAUACAGGCCGCCUUUAGCGUGUGCUACUACAUCAAAAACGCACAGGAGGCGGCGGCGGCGGCGACGGCCACCAGCAACGGCGCUAGCGGCAGUACUGCCUACAAUGGCAUUGCCAGCAGCCUUGGCCCAAGCAUGGCAAACACGACAGGCGGGGACAGCACCGACGCCGGCGCCAAUGACAACAACAGCAGCAACAUUACAUUUGAUGCCGACGGCAGGCCCCUGUGGCCGCCCGAGAGGAUGAUGCGAGUGGUAGAAAAAACACUGGAGGACGUGGUGCAGCUCAUCAGGGACUCGACGUCGGACCUCAAGGACAUCGUGGCGCUCUCCAUCGUCAUCAACUCGGUACGGCCGGGCGACUCGCCCGAGCAGCGGCUCGAGCGCAUCCGGGCCGGCAUCUCGCGCAUCCUGGACGCGUGUCUCAAGUCGCUCAAGACGACGCCCGAGGGGCUCGGCGUGACGGCGCUCCCCUCGACGGCGGCGGCGGCGGCGGCGUCGUCCAUGUUUGCCACCGCGGGCAAAUCCAAAUCCCCCGCGGCGGCGGCCGGUGCAGACGUCAGGCCGGGGCCGCCGCACUCGGAUCAGCCCCAGCCGCCCUUCUUCCAUGCGAACACGCACCUCCCCGCCGGCACCUACCACACAUCUACGACAGGGUUUCCCGAUGAUUUUCCCCUAUGGGACGCCAACUUUUGGGGGCAGACGCAGCCUGAUAUGUGAAGAACGGGGUAGUGUGCGUCUCGGCGCUGGCCGAUCGAAUGUCUUUAUAUAUAUAUCAUGUUUGGCUUCUUUCCUUCUACUUUUCCAGUUUCUUUCUCCUUAUCGUCAUAUAUAUACCCACUAGUUGCUAAAGUUCCUCUACUGGCCCUGGAUACCGGAUAAUACAAAGGAAUAUAUAAACGUA